AUGGCUACAAACUCUGAGGAUUCUAAUGGAAUUUCUUUGGAAGAUUUGGGUGAAGAUAUGAUGAACUAUGAAUUGUCUGAUUCAUCCAAGAAAGCACGAGAGGAACAUCAGGCAAUACUCGACGAGUUUGAACGAAAGAAACGUGCAAGAACCUUAGCUGUUCCCACCGAUGACGGUCGCGUAAGAGCAAAACUUAGAGAACUUGGUGAACCACAAUGUUUAUUUGGAGAAGGACCUGGUGAUCGGCGUGAUCGUUUGCGAUAUUUAUUAUCGAAAUUAGAGGGUGCAGAAAUAGUUCCCGAUGAGGAUGAGGAAACUGAGAGCGAAUCUGAGGAAGAAAGGGAAGAAGAGUUUUUCACUCAAGGAACUUUAGAACUUUUGGAAGCUCGUCGAUGGAUUGCGAGAUAUUCUUUACCAAGAGCCAGAGACCGUCUUCGCAAGCAACGAGCCGAGUACGAUUUACCAUUGCCCCAGAUAAAAUCCGUGAGAAAAGAUUUAUUUACAGGAUUAAAAUCUUAUGCAAACUUUAGCUCACAAAUUGGAGAUGAUCGUCCAAUUUCACAAUGUGUUUUCUCACCUGACUGUAGUUUAAUCGCUACUGGUUCUUGGUCUGGUUUGUGUCGAAUAUGGAGUGUACCAAGUUGUGAAACCGUGAUAACAUUUAAAGGACAUGCUGAUCGUAUUGGUGGUGUUGCAUGGCAUCCACAAUCUACCCUUUCUAUAGACAAGAAUGUAGUAAACUUAGCUUCGGGUGCAGCUGAUGGUUUAAUUAAUUUAUGGUCUUUAGAAAGUGAUUCACCAUUGGGCACGUUGCAGGGACAUACGUCUAGAGUAGAAGGACAUUUUAAAGAAGUUUAUGCAAUUCGAUUCCAAAAUGACGGUGCUUUAGUGGCUACAGGUGGGUUAGAUGCUAUUGGACGUGUCUGGGAUCUAAGGACAGGACGAUCUGCUAUGGUCUUAGAAGGGCAUGUUAAAGACAUUUUGGGCGUAGACUUUUCUCCGAAUGGCUAUCAAGUUGCUACUGGAAGCGCGGAUAAUACUAUACGCAUUUGGGACAUCCGGACCUUGCGAUGCACCUAUACUAUUGCUGCGCAUAAAUCUCUUGUUUCCGAUGUGAAAUUCUUUCAUGCUUCAUCAACAUUUAUCAGUGAAGAGGAUACCAGAGGCAUUAAACCAACAGUAUCUGGAUUAUAUUUGGCAAGUUGUGGUUACGAUGGUUUUGUGAAUAUUUGGUCUGCUGAUGAUUGGAGUUUACUUAAAAUAUUGGCUGGACACGAUGGAAAAGUAAUGGCUGUUGAUAUUUCCUCAGAUAACAAGUUAAUUGCCUCAUCCGGUUUUGAUCGAACAUUUAAAUUAUGGGCGAAUGAAAAUUUGCCAAUCUGA